ACCAGCUGAUGUUCACUUCCCGUUGAGGAAGUUGACUCGAAAAAAGUGGAGAGACUGAGCGAGAGAGAGAAGGGCAGCCUACAAUCCAUGGAUCAGUACGACCAUUCAUAUUUCAACAUCUAAAACCCUGCUUCUCAAUGGUUUGCGAUACUCAUGCACAAAUUCAUGAGUGUGGCAGCAAAACGCUUCUUCUUCAAGGAUUGAACUGAAAAGGAUGUCAAUGCGGCCUCGGAAUAGAGACGUUUGCGCUGAUUGCAGCGCUCCUGGGCCGACCUGGGCAUCUGUGAACCGUGGCGUGCUUAUCUGCGACGAGUGCUGCAGCAUCCAUCGAGGCCUGGGCAGGCACAGCUCUCAGGUCCGACACCUCACGCACACAUCAUGGCCCCCGUCCCAGCUACAGAUGGUGCAGACAUUGUACAACAAUGGGGCAAAUUCCAUUUGGGAGCACAGUCUUCUGGACCCCUCCUCCAUAAUGACGGGGAAACGCAAGGCCAAUCCUCAAGACAAAGUGCAUCCCAACAAAACUGAUUUCAUCAAGGCCAAAUAUCAGAUGCUGGCAUACGUGCACCGCAUGCCGUGUCGCGAGGAUGACAGUGUCACCGCAAAAGACUUGAGCAAACAACUUCAUUCGAGUGUGAGGACGGGUAAUCUGGAGACCUGCCUGAGGUUGCUGUCUCUGGGGGCACAGGCAAACUUCUUCCAUCCUGAGAAAGGGAAUACUCCUCUGCAUGUGGCUGCCAAAGCGGGGCAGCUGUCCCAGGCCGAGCUGCUGGCCGUGUACGGGGCCGACCCUGGAGCUCCCGAUGCCAACGGCCUCUCGCCCAUCGACUACGCCAGGCAAGCCGGCCACCACGAGCUUGCUGACAGACUGGUGCAGAUCCAGUUCGAACUCACAGACAGGCUGGCGUUCUACCUGUGUGGGAGGAAACCAGACCAUAAGAAUGGACAGCAUUUCAUUAUCCCCCAGAUAGCUGACAGCGGUCUAGAUUUGUCUGAGCUGGCAAAAGCAGCAAAGAAGAAACUCCAGUCUCUCAGUAACCAUCAGUUUGAAGAGUUGGCCAUGGAUGUGUACGAUGAGGUGGACAGGAGAGAAACGGAUGCAGUAUGGCUGGCUACUCAGAACCACAGCACCCUGGUGACUGAAACCACCGUGGUACCUUUCCUGCCAGUUAACCCCGAAUACUCAUCCACCAGGAACCAGGGUCGUCAGAAACUGGCCAGGUUCAAUGCUCACGAGUUUGCCACACUGGUCAUCGAUAUUUUAACUGAUGCCAAACGUCGCCAGCAGGGAAGCUUGUGCGAGAAUGCCAAAGAAAAUGUGGAGCUGAUCUUGAAGGGCAUUGGCAACAGACACGGCAGCGAGAGUCAGGAUAUGGACCAGCCUGAUUACGACAGCGUGGCGUCGGAUGAGGACACGGAGAGAGAACCGGCGUCUGGAAAAGAGGAGCGCACUAAGAGCUCGGAGUCGUCGGACCUGUCGGACGGGCCAAUCACGGUGCAGGAGUUCAUGGAGGUGAAGACUGCGCUCAACGCCUCUGAGGCCAAGAUCCAGCAGCUCCUGAAGGUCAACUGCCACCUCAGCGAGGAGCUGCGCAUGAUGCAGAACAAGCUGAGCUACCUGCAGAACGAGAACAGCACGCUGAAGUGGCCGUGCCCCACCAAUGCCAACGCGGCGCCCCAGGACCCGCACCCGACUCGUCGGCCCGCCGUGCGCGGCGGAGGCCGUGCCAUGUCCAUGUACGAGACGGGCUCAGGUCUGACGCAGUACCACCCCCGUGGAGAGGUGCCCCGCCCGGACGCCACCACCACCAGCAGCACCCUCACCCUCCAGCCCUUGGCCCAAGACAUGAGGAAGGGUCCUUCCGUGACAGCCUCCUCCUCCCUUCCCAGCUUCCCCUCAUCCUUGUCCUGGACUGGGGAUGAGAGAGUGCAAGUGCUCAGGGGCUCCAGUGGGGUAGAGGGCCAGAGCACCGUUCCCGAGAGUCCUGACUACGACAACACACACAACCACUCGGAGACGGAAGAAUACGGCCCAGGGCAGGGCCCCGCGUGUGGGGUGUCCUGGAUGGGCGAGGGGCCGAUCCCUGAGUCGGAGGCCCAGGAGGGGGAGGCGUGCGAGCCGGACCCCACGUUGCCCUGUACGGAGGACGUCAUCAGCAAGACGGAGCAGAUCACCAAGAACAUCCAGGAGCUGCUGAGGGCCGCGCAGGAGAACAAGCACGACAGCCCCAGCCCCAGCCCCAGGCACGGGGAUAACAGGGACAGCCAGGGCUGCUUCGGGGGCCUGCUUCCCUGCUCGGACGGGGCCGGUGGUUGCGAGCGGCGGGGGGACCGGGAGCGAGACAGAGACAGAGACAGGGACAGGGAGAGAGACAGAGACAGAGACAGGGCCUCGUCGGUGGUGCCCCAGGCCGACACAUCCUCCUGUUUUGUACCCUGCUCAGAAAGAAUUCAUGUGGCUGUGACUGAGAUGGCUGCUCUGUUCCCCAAGCGUCCCAGCUCGGAAAUGGUGCACGGCUCCCUGAGGCUACUCACCUCCAGCGCCAGUCGUCUCCAGGGGGAGUGCCAGCGGGCCACGCCCCCCAAAGCCAGCCCCAGCCCCAGCCCCCACCCCGGGGACUCCCAGCUGCUCACCCAGCAAGUCAUCCAGUGCGCCUACGACAUCGCCAAGGCUGCCAAGCAACUCGUCACCAUAACAACCAAAGAGAGCAACUAACAAGACUGACUGACUGACUGACUCAAAAUGGCGCCCUCUCUCUCUCUCUAUCGCUCUCUUUCUGUAUCUCUCUCUCUCUGUCUGGUUUGCGUGCUCUCUCUCUCCACUCACCUCGCUCAAAAACUGACCUUUUCUGUCAGAUAACAUGAGUCCUCCCCCACCCCCCACUAAUUGUGUUUUUAUUUUUUUAUUAUAUCAGUAUUAUCACUUGUAUGCCAUUUAUUUUUUUCUAAAAAGGAUCCAGUCUUAUAUAUUUCUAAUAUAGUUGUAAUGGCGUUGCGCCCCUAUAUAUAUAUCUAUAUAUAUAUACUUUCUAAUAAUGUGUGUUUGUGUAUGUGUGCAUGUGUGUGAGAGAGAGCUGUGAAAGAGGUUCUGAGCAUGAGGUGGCUUGGACAACAUUAGUCUUGCGGUCAAAAAGCCUUGUGCAUAUUGUCUAGUCGGAGUGCAACCUUUCUAAGGGUUUGAACUUCAACAAGCCUCUUGCAUCUCUAGAUGAGCAUUGUGUGGUCCUUACUCCCCCGGUCCCCAGGUCGCAGAUUCUGGUCCUUCUUCUGACAUGCGUAGCUUCCUGGUCUUGAUCUUGGUCUUUUAGUACCACAGUUCUGUUCUGGGGUGCAUUUUUGGAAACCGUAGUUGCUAACUAUGUCAGCUACUUUGUUGGUUGCAAUGCAAUUUCCCAUCGGCAACUACCGCAGUUGCUAACUGGCUAACAACUAUGCUUUCGAGAAAGGCACCCCUGGUCUGGUCUCUGACACCCAAAUCCAUUGGGGUAUUCCAAACGGCAGGUUUAGUCACUCGUUAACUCGGUAGGUGGUAGACUUCAUAAUAGAAGGGUUUUAUGGCUUUGUGAUGACAAUGGGAUAUGACGCUGUAAGUUUACUCUAGUUGAAGAUUUACCACUAACACUAGUUUAAGGUGAGGGUGUGUGUGAGUCUGUGUGUGUGUGUGUGUGUGUGUGUGUGAGUCUUGUGUAUGUGUGUGUCACCAAACCAUAUCUACCUGGAAUACCCCCCUGGAACCAAAGGACUUAAGGUUGCCACUACAUACUUCCCUCAGUAUUACGCCUGUUAUACCUCAUGCAUCAUGCCCUGCAAAACCUUUUCGUCCCCAAUGGGAACCUUCUGCUUGGAGAGGCCCCAAGUGCUCCUGAUAUUGAUAACCCCAGUAUAUCUGAAUGUUUUUAUUUUUCUAAUUGUACUUGAGUGCAUACAAAACUAAUGUGAGGACUUGUGCAGUUUUUAGUAUUUGUACCAUCAUCCCUAUCCCCUCUCUCUCUCUCUCUCUCUCUCUCUCUCUUUUUUUUUUUUUUUUCUUCCUCUCUUCUUUUUAUUUUUAUUUUUUAUUCGCUCUCUCCCUCAUUGCAUAAACGCUAAAAUGGACCUAUGUGUACCCCGAACUGUCUGCUGGGUUCCUGCCCUCUGUGUUAAAGGGCCAAAGAGACUGAAUUGCCUUUUGUGUUUAUAUCCUCCUCUCUGUCUCUCAAGAAAGACCCUCAUCAGCAUGGGUGUGCACGUGUCUUUGUUGUGGUGAUUUUUUGUUUUCUUUUUCUUUCAUGUUUUCCCUUCUUCCGUGUGUGGUGCCUCGACGGUUAAUGCUUUGUGUUGCGCAGAUGAUGUACUAUGCUGCUAGAUGUUAACUACAUGAUGCUACCACUGGGGUGAUGGGUGGUGUUCCUCAAAGCAGGGUUGUGUUUCUCGAAAUAUAGUUGUUUGCCAGUUGGCAACCAACAAAGUGGCUACCGUAGUUAGCGACUAUGGUUUCAAGAAAUGCACCCUGGGUUUUUAGUCCCUCUUACCUGGCUGUGUUAACUCAGAGUGUUUGAUAAAUCUUAUCAUAGCAUACCACAUGGCUUUGAUUGGAUGGCGAUUUAAAUCUCAAGGACUCUUUAAAACCUCUUUAUUAAAGGUACAGUGUAUCACAUUUUAGUAGUUUACUUCCAGAAGUUAUGUUUCCUAUUAACAAAUGCUUUUUCAUGAGUAUUUUCCUUUGGGACUGGGAAAAUGACAUUUUUCAUACAUAAAAAGGUGGAUCUUCUCUGUGUCAGCCAUUUUGAAUUACAGUAAUUGACAUCUUCAGCUGCAAAACUUACUGCAAUUUGGUCAAACUGGAAAAUAUUAGUUUAUUACAUUACAUAUGAAAAGAUCAAAUUGGCCACGCUGGCCACAAUCCUACAUUCUCUACCCUUUUAAAGAGGUUUAUGACUCACUCUUAGUUUAUUCAGCUGUGCUAUUAGUUACUAAACCGCCUUUUUGGAAUAGCCCCCCUGGUGUUUGUUCAUAAAAGGUCACCGUUAUGACAUCAAACUUCAGAUCAAGGUGCAAAAAAAGGCCAUAAGAGCUCCAUGGUAAAGACAGUGAUUGUUGCUGAUCGCCACAUGUCCAACACCAUCAUGGUGUAGAUUUGCCAGAACAUAGUGGUUACAUGUUACAAAGCCAUCAGUGGCCCUGGCGGUGUGAAUUGUAACCGGUUGUGUCCGAUUUCAACAGUUCUAUUGUGAGAGCCAAGUGGAACUUGCCACCACAGGACAUCACCUUUUGGUUUAAAUCAUUGCAGAACGUCUUAGCAACUGUGAAAGUUAUCGAGGCAUUUUAGAGCCAGCAGGACUUGUGUCAAUCCUCUCUGUUUCUACAUUUCUACACUAUUGUAUUGGAUGUUGACUGGACAUGUAUGGCAGCUCAGUAUAUAGAGAUGUGUUCAAGUUGCAGCUCUUAAGGAGCCUAAACAGGAGCCCAUCCAGGGAUAUGUGUAACAGAAAUGCAGUCAAUGCAGCUGUGGUAAUGAACAGUAAUAAUUAAACAUUAAUAAGCCAUUUAUUUCAAUAAACCUUAAUUUAUAAA